ACAUUUUCACUCAUUCAUUUCCUUAACAACAUCUUCUUUUUCAUCCACAAUUUACUCUCCUCCAUUGCUUCCUUCUCAAUCCAACUCUCUCCCAACUUUCUACUUUUUUUUUUCUUUCUUUCUUUUCUCUUCCUUUCAAGCUAGCUAUCGCCAUCUGGUUUUUCUUAUUUCCAAAGGGUAGAAAAUUAUUGCUGUAGUAGAAAAAUCAAUGGAAUCUACAUGCUUUGGUUCUGAUGUGGAAGACUCACUAAAGCAAAAAUGUAAAUCUACUACAGAAGAGAGAACAAUCUCUAGUGGUGAAAAUGGUUGCUUUGAUUGUAAUAUUUGCUUGGAAUCAGCUAAUGACCCUGUGGUUACACUUUGUGGUCAUCUCUAUUGCUGGCCAUGCAUAUAUAAAUGGCUUAAUGUCCAAAACUCUUCAGUUGAACCAGAUAAGCAGCCUACAUGCCCUGUUUGUAAAGCUGUCAUCUCCAAUACUUCAUUAGUCCCGCUUUACGGCCGAGGAAAAUCAAAUUCAGAAACCGAAACCGGAUCGAAUCAACUCCAGGUGGGUUUGGUUAUACCUCAUCGACCACCUCCGUACAACUUGAAUGCUAUGUUAACGUCUAAUCGCCCGUCAAAUAUGCAUCACGGGGCGCAGCAGCUCCAUCCGAAUUAUUUCCAGACACAAUCGCGGCCGAUCCACUAUCAGCAUUAUAUCCCUCACCUUUAUGAAGGUUAUGGUGGCAAUGGAUUACCUUAUCAGGGUGGUGCUGCAAGUAUUGUGAAUCCUGUGAUUGGCAUGUUCGGGGAUAUGGUGUUGACAAGGGUUUUCGGUGUCUCUGAUGCAAAUUUGUUUACUUACUCUCACAAUGGAAGUAUCAGUCCUAGAAUGAGGAGGCAGGAGAUGCAGAUUGACAAGUCUCUAAACAGAGUUUCUAUCUUUCUUCUUUGUUGUUUCAUUUUGUGUCUUCUCUUGUUUUGAUUGAACAUGUUGUAUUUCAGAUUGUAUAGGCACUUAUCAUGUGCAGUCCUCAAUAUUGCUGUCCUUUGGGAUCUACUAUAGGCUGUGUGUUUAUAUAGAUAGUAAGUUUUAGUAUAGUAUAUGAUGAGUAUCAUAUCUUGUUCAUCUUGAUUUCUGUUUAUUUUCGGAUAAUUAUGACAUAUAUGCGUGUAACUAUAUAAAAGUCCAGGUUCCUGCUUUAACGAAAAAUGAAAUUCCAGACACUAUACAUCUCUAAAA